UCAGGAUGACGUCCUUCCAGCGAACCAGUAAUCGGUUGAUCUCAUCAUCUAUUCCCACGCACCUGCACGCAGAAUUUACCUCGCUGAAGCGCUGACGAGGACAGAUCGCUGCUCACCACCACAUAACAAACAUCAUCAUCAAAUAAAAUGGCUGCUGUCAAGGUUGGAAUCAACGGUUUCGGACGUAUCGGACGUAUCGUCUUCCGUAACGCUCUCGAGCACAACGAGGUCGAGGUCGUCGCCAUCAACGACCCUUUCAUUGACCCCGAGUACGCCGUCUACAUGUUCAAGUACGACUCCACCCACGGUCGCUUCAAGGGCGAGGUCUCCACCGAGGGCGGUGACCUUAUCGUCAACGGCAAGCGCAUCAAGAUGUUCUCCGAGCGCGACCCCGCCUCCAUCCCCUGGGGUUCCGCCAACGCUGACUACGUUAUCGAGUCCACCGGUGUCUUCACCACCACCGACAAGGCUUCCCUCCACUUGCAGGGUGGUGCCAAGAAGGUCGUCAUCUCCGCCCCCUCCGCUGACGCCCCCAUGUUCGUCUGCGGUGUCAACCUCGACGCCUACAAGCCCGAGUACAAGGUCAUCUCUAACGCUUCUUGCACGACCAACUGUCUCGCUCCCCUUGCCAAGGUCAUCAACGACAACUUCGGUAUCGUUGAGGGUUUGAUGACUACCGUGCACGCUACCACCGCCACCCAGAAGACCGUCGACGGUCCCUCCGCCAAGGACUGGCGUGGUGGACGUGCCGCUGCUGCCAACAUCAUCCCCUCCUCCACCGGUGCCGCCAAGGCCGUCGGUAAGGUCAUCCCCGAGCUCAACGGUAAGUUGACCGGUAUGGCUUUCCGUGUCCCUACCACCGACGUCUCCGUCGUCGACUUGACCGUCCGCCUCGAGAAGGCCGCUACCUACGAGCAGAUCAAGGACGCCAUCAAGGCUGCCGCUGCUGGUCCCAUGGCCGGUGUCCUCGAGUACACCGAGGACGAGCUCGUCUCCAACGACUUUGUCGGUCACUCUGCCUCUUCCAUCUUCGAUGCUAAGGCUGGUAUUGCGUUGAACGACAAGUUCGUCAAGUUGGUUUCCUGGUACGACAACGAGUGGGGUUACUCCAGGCGUGUUGUCGACUUGAUUGCCUACAUUGCUAAGGUGGAUGCUGCUGCUUAA